AGAAUAAGUUGAUUUAUGAAAGUUGUCGCUUAAUGUUUGUCGUUAGAUAACAGUUGUCGCUGACAAUGAGCUGGCCAUAAAUUUAACGAGUAUCGGCGUCCACAUAACUAGGCCAAGUGGACAGUGAUUGACCCUGAAAACCAAUGAAGUAUUAUUGAUAAAUAAAGUUCUAUCGUAUGUAUAUAAGCUGAGCAGCAUGUCGAAUUGAAGACACUCAGCCUUUGGACACCAAACAUGGCAAUUAACAAUAAGACGCUGCUUUUGGCGCUGCUCCUGGCAGGCAUUGGCUGCACUGCCUGCCUGCGGCUGGAUGGACGCAUUGUGGGCGGCGUUGAGGCGACCAUUAAGGAAUAUCCUUAUCAGGUCUCCCUGCAGCGCCAUUAUCAUAUGUGUGGCGGCAGUUUGAUAGCCGAGGGUUGGGUGCUAACCGCUGCCCACUGUGUGGAGAGCCGGGAUGUGGAUGCGUUGAGGGUGCGCAUCGGUGCCACGCGCAAAGAGAUCGACGGUAUCCUGGUGAAGAUACGCACCGUUCAUAGGCAUCCCAAAUACGAUGCACGCAUUAUCGACUACGAUUUUGCUGUGCUGCAACUGGCGGAAUACGAUGCCACAAAUGUUACCCAAGCGUUUGUGAAGCUGCCCAAGCUGAAUGAGGAUAUUGCGGAUGGCACGCUCGUCACCAUCACCGGCUGGGGUAACACGCAAAGUGUGCACGAAUCGACGGAGGUGCUGCGUGCCGUCACCGUGCCCACGGUGAACCAGACGCAGUGCCAGCUGGACUACGAUAGCUUUGGCAGCAUUACCGAUCGCAUGAUGUGCGCCGGACUGCGGGCAGGCGGCAAGGAUGCGUGCCAGGGCGAUUCGGGUGGUCCGCUCGUUGCCCACGGCAAGCUAUGGGGUGUCGUCUCCUGGGGCUUUGGCUGUGCCAAGCCCGAAUAUCCGGGCGUAUAUUCCAGAGUGGCGGCCGUCAGGGAUUGGAUCGAUUCUGUUCGUGGCAUUUAAAAUGAAUACCAAUAGAAUGAUUAAUUCGUUGAUGACUAAAUGAAUUUCUGCAGAAGUAUGAUCAGCAUGACGAUCUGACAAGAUGGAUCUAUAUUUAUCUAUUUAUAUCAGAGGCAAAAGAGAGAUAAUUCCAUUUUAAACAACGUCAACAAUGAAUUGCGAUUUAUUGUUUUUCCAUCUGUUUUUGCGUUUACCAUUUUAA